AUGCGCUGUAAAAUUGGAGUAAAUCAAUAUGGCGGAAAAUAGCCCCGGAUAAUAUUUUCUCAAAAUUUGAAGAAAUUGCGAUAGAAUAUCAGGAUGGCACAUCAACUUCAGUUAGAGAAGGAAAAAUACAGACAGUGGGUAAAGGCUGGUUUAGGACUUGGAUAUUUAAAGGAGGGACUGGUACCAUUCUGUAAUGACAUAGCUGACCAACAACAUAAGGAUAUUUUACAAAACAUUCGGUCUAUAAAGUCACUACCAUCAACUGUGACAUGUGGGGGCUGUCAAGUUGAAACUCUCAAGCCAGACCAUAAGCCAGUACCUGGGAAUGCUGGAAACAAAGUCUGUCCUCUUGGGCAAGUAAAAUGCAGCUGUUGCUGUAAGGGCAAAAUUGCUUGUCCGAACAACAUAUGUGGCGCCAUCUAUGACUUUAUUGUGCAGCAUCAUGCCUCCACGCCACCUGCACCUAACUGGAAAAACAGCGAUGCUCUACAGUGGGUGACAGAUCCUUGGAGCAUUUGUAAGUGUUUUAUAAAUGCUCCAGGGUACGAGCAGAAACAAUCUGCCUGUGAAACUGAUUGCACUGGGUUAUUAAUUCUAAUGAUAAAUAACCAGUAUUUUCAUAGCCACAUUGGAUGCAAUGUCACAGGAACAAACAACCUUUUUUCAAAGGUACGUCAGUAUAGAAAUGCUAUUUUCCACUCAAGCAGUAUGGAAUUGGAAGAAAGUGAGGCAAAUACAUACUUAGAUGAUAUGAUAGCAGUUCUACAAGAUGGUAAGGAGCUGUUACAACGAUCAGAUUCCCAGAUAGCGGUGAAGAAACUUCAAGAUCUGAAGAACAAAGAUUUUAUUAUUACGACUGAAAGUUUUGAAGAGAUUCUGAGGCAAAUCAAAGAAGAAAUGGCAAAAGUUUUGAAAUCGACAGAAAGUGCUGCAACUAAAGAGGAACAUGAUGAUCUGAAGAACAAGCUAUUAGACCUUGAAACUAAGGUGUCCAAAGUAAAUGACGAAAAUCUGGAGAAUGCAGAAUUGAAAAAGAAACUUGUAGUCUUGGAGACUCUUGUUUCAGAACAGAAAGAGGAGAUGGCAAAAAUUAACACAGUAACUUCCUCAGGUCAAAGUCAGGCAGAGUAUGAGCAAACCAAGUUAGGUUGUCGUACUCAAUUGAUAGAACAUUAUCGCAGUGACGUACUUAAAGUAUCAGCAAUACCUUUACAACCAGAUGAGGAAAAUUAUAACUUCAGUGAUGUUUAUAUAAGACCCACUAUAACAAACAAGAUAGAAAAGAACAGAGGGGAGUCUGAGGAAAAAGAAAUAGAGUCCAUGUCAGAGAUUUUCACAAAGAGUGGGGAACCACAGAAAUUUAUUUAUGUUAUUGGAGAUGCAGGGUCUGGUAAGAGUAGUUUCUGUAAAUAUUUGAUCAACUGUUGGUGUAUGGCACACAGUGAUAGACACAAUGAAGAUGAUGAGUUUGAAGGAGUCAAGGAAAUGAAGAAAUUUGAUUUCAUGUUUUAUAUUUCUCUUAGACAUAACAUAAAGAUCAGAAGUAUCCAAGAAAUGCUUGAAAUGCGAUAUGAUAAGAUAAAAAAUUUAAGUAAACUUCUGGAAAAUGAUUCUGAAAAGAUAAUUAUUUUGCUUGAUGGUUUAGAUGAAUGGUCUUUUGACAGUGAGACUAGGAAUGAGUUCCAGGCAGGCCUUCCGGAACGUGACUUUACAAAGAAAUACACCAUUGUUACUACAUCACGGCCCUGGAAAAUUCACAGUUUGAGAGUAAGUAAUAGAGAGAUUCAUCAAUUAUUGAAAUUAAAAGGGUUUGAUGAAACACAUGAAGAAGAAAUGAUUAAGAAAAUAAUAACAGCAUUGAACAAAUCAUUAGAUCCUAAUGUGUGUGAACAAAAGCUUAAUGUUCAGUUUCUGGUUGGCCUGAAACAGGUACCAAUUAUGCUGCAGCAAUUGGUUUGUCUAUGGUGUGAUGUGGAUAUUCAAAAGCUUAUGUUUGAGUCAAUGGAAGAAUUCAAUGCAACAUGUAGUAUAGGAAGUAAUACAGUAUUUUAUAUAGGAGAUUUGGUCAUUGAUGAUAGUGAUGAUUGUGAUAUUGUUUGUUCAAGUAUUGAUCAGCAACAAAUUGUUCCUGACUCUGUUCUGUCUAUUAAUGUAGUUUACAUCAACACAAAAAAUGUUAAAUUUACAAAAUAUUUACUAAAGUUUCACCAUCUUGAAAAAAUUGCAAUAAGAUAUGAAUCUGAAUCUCAAUGGUUAUUUAGUACACAAAGUGAUAGUACACAGAGUAAUGAAAGGAGGAUUGAUGAAAUAAACAAUUGUGUUUCUGAGACAAUAAAAGUAAAUACUUCAACAUUAAAAUCUCUGUCUCUUGAUGUAUAUCACAUUGACAAGUAUUACCCAGUGUGUAAAACAGUUGUUAGUAACUUACCUAGUAUGAUCGAUCUUGUAGCAAUAAGAAUGAGUGGUAUAACAAUGAGUCAUGUGAUACUACUACACUUUGUAAUUUUCUUGAGGGAACCAGUCAUCUUGAACAAAUACAUCUUGUUCAUUUGA